AUGUCCGAGGAGUCAUCGCUUUCCAAAAAACGUCGACGAACUUCUAGCGUUGAUGAUUCGUCUUCACCUGUUUCUUUGUCCGUUAAUGGCGAUUCCGCCGAUGCCAAUGGUUCUAGACGUCCACGUGCUAAUUGGACUCAAGAAGAAGAUGAAGCUUUAUUUAAGGCUAUAAGUGAAGUUAUGCAAGGAAAAUGGAAAGAUGUUUGUUCCAAAUCUCCUCUGCUUGAAAGUCGCGGUACUGGAAUGGUUGCACAGAGGUUUAAGACCAAACUUAGGUAUUUUACUGGUGGUGCUGCAGCCGGGAAAAAGUGA